GUGAGUUUGGUGUUGAAAGAUGUGAUACGUUCGUUUAAAACAAAGACAUUGUUUAUAUUUAUAUUUACCGCUCUUGUGAUAAUACACAUCAAAACGUUCAAGGACCUAAAUCUCACUGAGCGUGCCUUAAAAUCGCUCGAGUCCAAAGAGGUGCUUGUAAAAAACACAUCACCCCGUUGAGUGGAUGAUUCAUUCCGAAGUGCGAUCACCAUGGUCGAUCGUCUAGCUUUAUGACCCUCAAUUCCAGUCCGGAUUUCCUGGCAUGAUCCCUCAUUGACCGUUCGGCCGCCAUGAAAUCCAAUAAUCAGAGCCCAUUCGGGGGUGAGCCCGUGAAAUGGGACUCCGUCACGGGGGGUGCCAACCGAAAGAAGAAGAAAAACCCACCGGGCCCCAGCCAAAGUUUCGCUGAGCGGUUGAAGUUGCGACGCCUCCGUUUGAACAAGGCUCGUCCGACGGUGACCUCUUUGUCGGACAGCCUCAGUGAGGCCUCCUCACAACCUAGUGCCAUGAGGACCCACAGCAAUGCAUCGACUGGAAUCUUCCGAAACAGUAGCAUCAACUCGUACCAAAGUGGGAGAAGUGGCCGGAGCACGGCCACCACAAUGACCGCCUUCACGAGCAUGACCGGCUCGAAUUCUGGGGCGUCCAGUAAAACUGGCCAAAGAUCUCGUCGCAACUCUCGUUUCGAGGAUGAAUUCUCGGAGGGACAAUUGGGCAUCAAUGACAAGGAGUUGAACAGUAUGAACAAACAUAUACCUGCGCUGAAGAGUCACGGCAAGUCCGCCACUUUCCGGCAACAUUACUAUCCCGAGGGCGGCUGGGGUUGGGUGAUCACCCUGUGUUGCUUCAUCGUGAACAUGUUCACUUAUGGGCUGCAGUUCAGCUUCAGUAUUCUUCAAUUAGAGAUUGUCAGACAUUGUGAGAUCACGGCGCCCACCGAGAACCAUGAGACCAUUCGACAAAAUUCAGUUUGGAUUGGCUCCUGCAACUUGGCUCUGUCCCAUUUUCUCGCUCCCAUUUUGGUGGCUUUCUGUCGGCGAAAAUCCACCCGUCUGACGGCCGUGGUGGGAGGGCUGGUCAUGGCCUUGGCCCUCCUAUUUGCAUCGUUUGCCCGAUUCUUUCAUCAAGUCUUCCUCAGCUAUGGCAUUUUGUUCGGCAUCGGCAACGCCAUGGUGCGAGAAACCUCGACCCUCAUGCUUAGCCAAUAUUUCAAACGAAAACGUGAACUCGUUGAAAUGAUCUCCAGCAUGGGAUCCGGACUUGGCAUUGUCGUUUUCACCAAGAUAUUUCGACACGGCAUUGGGUCCCUGGAAUGGCGAUUGGGAUUGCAAGUGGUGACCGCCUGCUUGACCUCAUUAUUCUUUCUGGGCUUGUUUUAUCGCUCGGCCAGUCUUUACCAUCCCCAGAGACGAGCCAUUCUCCACUUGAAAGACAUGUCGAAGCGCAAAGGGAAAGACAAGAACAAGAUGGACAACAAGCCGCCGUAUUUCGAUUUUGCAUCGCUACGCUCCAGAGGCUUUCAAGUCAUCCUUCUGAGUACGAUGUUUGUCACUUUGGGUGCAUACACACCUCUCUUUUACAUGGUGCCUGUGUCACUCAACGAAGGCCUCGCUUUGGACUCGGUGAUUCAAUUGCAAAUCUUCCUGGGAAUUGCCAUGAGCUGUGGCUCUUUCUUGUUUGGCUUAAUAGUUUUGUCUCGGAGCCAGCAGUGUCUAAUAUCGCGCCAAUAUUUGCUGCAAUCUUCCGUAUUUGGCAUUGCCAUCUCACUUUUGGCAUUCACAUCCGUCGAGGGCUAUCAUGGUUAUCUACUCUUUGUGUGGCUUUACGGGGUUUUUUUGGGCGGUUUCCAUCUCACACUGAGUGCAUUCACCCUGGAAAGGGUUCACAUGCGACAUUUCCCCCGGGCUUGGGGAUUUGUCCAGGGCGCCAAGGCCAUUCCACUUUUGAUUGGCAUCCCAAUCGUGGGCUACAUCAAUCAGGCAUUGGAUAUGCCCAAAGGCGGAUACUUGUUUUCCUUCUCCUGCGUCUUUAUCGGAGCCACGUGCCUCUUCCUGGUGGGUUGUGUGUCUAGCAAAUCCAAUAAAAAUCAUCACCCCUAUUGCAAGGAUGGCCUCGGAGCCGUUUCCCUGCGAGGUGACUCCUCGCUGGCCGCCCAUGAUCAACUUAUUAUGCAUGAGGCUGUGAGUGAUGGCAUUCUGGUCGGGCGUGGAGCCAGUGCUAUGACUAAUUUAUACGGACAACCUCCUUUGGCCCCUGGAGGAUGUACCUGUGAACACGUUUGGCCAGCUCCACCGGCUUCCAUUCCAGAACUGGAGCAUGCCAUUCGAAGACUCUCAUUUGGCCAUGGAAGUGGAAUUUAUGAGAAAUAUGUGUCAGAUCUCGACUCCAAGGCGCUCAUUGGCGUAGGAGAGCCUCGCAAAUCCUCCUUCAAUAGUAUCGUCCCACUUCUCGAAGGCACCGCCUUUCCGGAAGAGGAGGAAGAAGAAGGCGAGGAAGCCGAUGUCGAUGAAGACGACGACGUGGAAGUCGACGUGGUGGCAGCCCAACAUUCUCUGUUGGAAGAGAUGGUCAAGCCAGAACUGCUGACUUGCAUUUCCGAGGAGAAUUUGUUCGAAAAUCUCGACGUCGAGUACUUUGGAGAGUGCAUCUCCAACAGUGAGGCUGCGGUUGAAAUGGAAGACUAUAUUUUGGGUCUUCCUUUGCCCGUGGCCCAAGAGAGUCCGGUGAAAGUGCUUACUGGCCUUCAUGGCAGUCUCUCUGAACCCGAUCUGAGGAUAGCCAAUAGCCCCCGAUUUAGCCACGUGUCCCCUUCGCCUCCCAUGGACCUUGUUCAAGAGGAGUGUAGUACGACUGUCGUCAACUCGUCCGAGACCCCGAGCUCGAUGUCUCCCAAUAGUGCAAUACUCAGUCGCCAAAAGACGUGGCAUUUCUUCCACAAGCCCCGUCUAGCUGGAAUUGAGCGAAAAAAUGAUGUUGUCAAAGGUGUUCCCCAGCCAAAUAGCUCCACAUUGGGAAGCAGUGGACCUCGACAAGGCAGUCAAAUGAAGAGGGUGUUAAAGACAUCUUUGACACCCACCGUCAUCUCGGAGGUGACCUCUUUUGUCUAACAAUUCACACCCGUCUUUCAAUUCGUUUCAUUUGUCAAUUGCUGAGACAAAAAGAGCGUUUCCGUUCCCCCUUCGCCACCGAGACGACUUGGACCCAUUACGUAUGUGGGAACACUCAUCUUGUCCCUUACAACGGCCUGAACACCAGAUACACCCCACGGAAAAAUGGCUCAACAUCGUCGACAUUGUCGUCGUCGUCGUCGUCGUCGUCGUCGUCGUUGUUGUUGACGUUAUCAUCAUCAUCAUUAUCAUCGCCAAGCAAGCAGCCGUUGUGUACAGUAAAGCGGACGACAACGUGCAACGAGUUGAGGCGACAAGUGGAAAAAGUGAAACGCGGCCGAGCUGCUCUUUUCACCAAACUAUCUGUGAUAUUAGAACGAGGUAGUAGUAAUUCUAUGAUUUGUUCUUUCUCUCUGGUACAAGAAGUUUGAAAUAUAGUUAUUUAGCCCAUGACAAA